GUUGUGCCUCGAUAUGGCUGGUGACGUUUUGAUUUCACCGUUUGUUUUGGAACGCAUAAGAAUUCAUAUGAGAAAUUUGUCUCCGAUUGAAAAUGGCUGGAAAGAAGUUGACGAAAAGUACGAGUUUACUUGGUUCGAAGAAGUGCAACUGCCCCCGUUCGUAAGCGAUAUAUUACGUGAAUCGAAUGAGGAAGAAAAUAAAGAUCAUGAACGUACUCAAUCAAAGGAAAUCGAAGAAGAAUCCGAUGACGAUACCGACAAUACCAAGCUCACCGAUGAUGAAAAUGAAAUUUCAUCAGAAAUUGAAAGUUUGAUUACAGAUUAUCCAGAUGAAUAA